GAAACAAUAGAGUUGAUGGGUAACGAAUAUGAAAAAAGUAAUGCUGCCGAAAAUAAAGAUAAUUUUGAGGAGUUUUCUAAUAGCAGCAGUGACUCUGAUAGGACUUUGCGUUAUAGCGAACCCGAAGAAGAAAUGGAAAAAAUGCCAGUGAUGACGAAGUUUUAUAACAAACUAGAGAAAAAUGUUAUGAUGUCGGUGGAGCAAGCAAUAGACGUAAUAAAAGCUAUAGUAUGUGAAAACAAAAACUAUAAAGUAAAUAUACAAACUGUGAACACAAUUGACGCUUACAACAGAGUAUUGGCCAUUGAUGUAUUUAGUACGAUAGAGCGUCCGUCUUGUAGAACUUCCGCUAAACAUGGAUACGCAAUGUUGGCCAGCAACGGGGUCAGCGGAAAGGACAUAAGAAAAGUGUUAAAAGCACAUCCCAUGUUCGCAGAGAUUUCGGUUGUACCUGGCACCUGUGUGCGGGUAAGAAAUGGAGAUCCCAUACCAAAUGGAGCAAAUACGGUUGUAACGCCAGAGAAUAUAAAGAUAUUGGAUGAACGCAACGAUAAUGAUAACGAUUAUUUUAAUAUCGACGAUAAGGAAUACGAAAUUGAAGUCUUGGUCGCCCCAAAAGUAAACGAGAAUAUUAGAAGCGCUGGCUACUUGAUAAAGCGUAACGAGUACAUUAUGAAAAGGUUCAAACGUAUCAGAUCAUCGGAACUGGGCAUUUUGACAUUAUGUGGCAUUGAUACAAUUCCAGUCAUCGAAGUUUUAUCUAUAGGUGUACUCACUAUCGGAAGUAGAUUUGAAGAAUCUGAAAACACUUUAACUUUAGGACGCAUCUAUGAAAGCAACAGGAUAAUUUUAACCUCUUUAUUAAAAGAGAACGGUUACAAUCUUACGAACUUUGGAAUUUCAGCUUAUCGAUUGGAUGCCAUAAUCAAAAAAAUUAAAGAUGCUUUGAAUAAAGUCGACGUACUCGUGAUAAUGGGCCCUGUGAACGACAAAGAUAUAUUAAAGGCAAUCUUAAGAGAACAUUUUAGUGCUUAUAUAUAUUUCGGUUGUUUGGACAUGAAACCAGGAAAAUCGACGAUGUUUGCAUCGUGCACGUACAAUUGUAAGAAGAAGUUUUUCCUGUGCAUGUCGACAAACCCAGUAACAGUUCCCAUUGUCGCGUACGUAGUGCUUCUGCCAUUUCUAAACACGUUGCACCGCGAUUGUUCCACGCCCAUCGUUAUGCAGAUUUGCAUAAAAAAUCACGAGCUACAUUUGCGUCCGAAAUUUUCAUGGACGAUCGCUCAAUGGACGGAGGACGAGACGUUUCCAAGGGCUUAUUGCUCAAAAAAUCAACAUCAUAACAUAAUGAAAUAUCAAAAGGCUAAUGCGCUCCUAAGACUACCAAAGUACACAUCGGAGGUACCGAAAUUAGACGCGGCAUUUGUACCAACAGAACCCAUAUGUGGAAUACGAAACAAGAAACUUAUCAUUAAUAUGUGCGGCCCUUUAUGCGAAAAUGCGAUAAUGAGUUUGAUGACAAGUGUUACCUUGAUACUAGAAAUAGUACACUUAAUGAAUAUGCAAGAUGAAGAAAUUUGUAGCAUCAAGAAUGAUGAUACUUUUGAUAAGAUGUUUAAUACUAACAAUAACGAUGAUAAUUCUGAUAAAGUGUUUUUGCAUUCUGCCUCCGAGAAUGAAACGAAAAAUAUAUCAAUACAAAAUCUAUUCAAGAGACAAAAGCAAACAAUUAUGAUGUCGGUAAAAGAUGCAUCACAUACAAUGCGCAAAAUAUUAGACGAUGAGUGUGGAGAUCAUAUAGAAAUCGUGGAGACGAAUAAUGCUUAUGGCAGGAUACUGGCUGAUCAUAUAGAAUCCUCUGAAGACGUGCCAUUUUAUGAUACUUCGACUAAACACGGAUACGCGGUGUUGGUCAGCGACGGAAAGAGUAAAAGAAGAGUACUAAAAGCACAUCUCACGUUCGCAGAUAUUUCGGUUGUACCUGGCACUUGCGUGCGAGUAAGAAGUGGAGAUCCCAUACCCAAUGGAGCAACGGCGGUUGUAACGCUAGCGAAUACAAAGGUAUUGGAAGAAUGUAGCGACAAUGAUGACGAUUAUUUUAAUAUCAACUACAAGGAAUAUGAAAUUGAAGUUUUAGUAGCCCCGAAAAAGAAUGAGAAUAUUAGAAACGCUGGCUAUGAGCUAGAGAAGAGCCAGAUCGUUUUACAGAUGUACAAUCGUAUCGGAUCGGUGGAAUUGGGCAUUUUGAAAUUAUGUGGCAUAAAUUCAGUUCCAGUCAUUAAAAUUCCAUCUGUAGGUCUGCUGUCCAUCGGAGAUAAAUCCGAAGAGCCUGGGUACACUUCAACUUUAAAACGUAUCUACGACUGUAAUAGUAUAACUUUAAUCUCGUUAUUAAAAGAAAACGGUUACAAUCCUGUAGAUUUAGGAAUUUCAGCUUAUCAGUUAAAAGUCAUUAUCAAAAAUAUUAAAUACGCUUUGGACAAAGUAAACGUACUUGUGAUAAUGGGACAUGCAAACGACAAUGAUUUAUUAAAGCCUAUCUUAAGAGAAUAUUUUAACGCUGUUAUACAUUUUGGUCGCGUGGAGAUGAAACCAGGAAAAUCAACAACAUUCGCAACGUGCAUCUUCAAUCACAAAAUGAAAUUUUUCCUAUGCAUGUCGGCAAACCCAGCAACAAUUCCCAUUGUCGCGCAUAUAUUCCUUCUGCCGUUUUUGAACUCGAUGCACUUCGAUUUGAUGGCUUAUGAGCCCAAACCUAACAUACAGACUUGCAUAAUGACAACGCAUGAGCUGCAUCGUCGUCCGAAAUUUUCAUGGACAACCUUACACUGGUCAGAGAAGGAAACGUUUUCAAGGGCUUGCUGUUCAAAAAAACAACAUCAGAACAUAUUGAAAUAUCAAAAAGCUAAUGCGCUUCUAAUGCUACCGCAGUGCACGCCGUAUCAGUCUAAAAUAGACGCGGCAUUCGUACCAGCGAUGUUGCUCGACUGAAAAGUCUCCAAGAUAUUCCUAAACAAC